UCUCUACUUCAGGUACGAAACAGUCCAGUGUUAAUUUAUCAGCCUGAUGACUCGCACACUCAACAUGGAUCAAUCAUUUUUCACAAAAAAGGAUGUCAAAUAAGAAACUGCUUACUAACUACGAUAGAAGGGCACAAAUACACAGCUGAUGUCGUCGUUUUCGGAGAGAAUUCAGCAUGGGAACCACCUUCACCUCGCCUAUCCAGUCAGUUUUGGAUCAUUCGGCUACUUGAAAGCCCCGCCAACACUAAUUCACUGACGGUUUACGAUGGAAAGGUUAACGCAACAAUCAGCUAUCGCCUAGACAGUGACUUACCAGUUGCUUAUGGUCAAUAUGAGUCAUUCGUUGUACCACAUACAUCGUCUGCAAAACUAAAUUUCGCAGAAGGAAAAGCACGUAUGGUCUGUUGGAUCGUUUCAAACUGCUUCACAAAUAAUCAUCGAAUGGCGUAUGCACGGCGUCUUGCACGGUAUAUACAGGUUAGAGUUGAUAGUAUUCCAUUUCCAAUACGAGCAUCUUACCUCCAUUGUCUUUAG